CUAAAAACAUCAAAGUUGUAUCCGACCCUCGGCAUGAUACUCAUCCUCAGCAUUCUUGUUAGCAUUGUGCUCUCAGUGGAAUCCAAGAGCACCGGAUGUGUUUGUCCACUGGUCAUCGAACCUGUCUGUGGAAAAGACGGCGUGACGUAUGAUAAUGAGUGCGAAAUGAAUUGCGCUGGAGCUGCAAAAUCUCAUGAUGGAAAAUGCGAAAGUGAAGCCUGCGCAUGCCCACUGACGAUUAAGCAGGUUUGCGGUAAUGAUGGGAAAACCUAUGACAACGAAUGUCUGUUAAAUUGCACAGGUUGGACCAAAGCUCACGACGGGGAAUGUGGAACAACACAAGUCUGCGCAUGUCCUUUUAUCCUUCUUCGCGUGUGUGGAGGCGAUGGGAAAACAUAUGACAAUGAAUGUCUUCUUAAUUGCGCAGGGGCGACCAAGUUGCAUGACGGGGAGUGUAAGCAAUCAUUGUGCGCAUGCCCAAGAAUCCUCAACAAAGUGUGUGGAAAAGAUGGCAAGACCUAUGACAACGAAUGCCUCAUGAACUGCUCGUCUGUUGGUAAGGCCCACGAUGGGGAGUGUCUUGAGGCUGCCCCAGCGGCAGCAGAAGGACCCGUAUGUAUGUGUAAUAACAUGUACUAUCCAAUGUGUGGAAGUGAUGGCGUAACAUAUGCCAAUGAAUGUCUCAUGCAGUGCCAUAAAGCUACCCUAGCUUUUGAAGGAGUAUGCGAAACAACACCAGCGCCGUCUUGUCACUGCCCCCACAUCUAUAACCCGGUCUGUGGAGCAGACGGACAAACCUAUGACAACGAAUGUUUGAUGUUAUGUCACAACGUGAAAGAAGGUUACCUUGGACCAUGUAAAAGUUAACUCACGCUUGAAUUGCUGAAAUUUCACGCAUAAUGUCGGACAGUUGUGCAUUCUAUGACAAUCUAUACUUAAUUAUGGACAUUUUUUUUUUAUUGCAUGUACAAUUUUUUUAAUGAUAGUUCUGUGAGGGAAGCUUUGAACUGAUUAUUAUCAUUGCUAUUUAUUUGUCGAGACAAUGUAAUGAUAGGUUUGGUAGUAAACCUUGAUCCGUUUGUUAACUCAAGAUUGAAUGUCACUGAAUUCGAAAUAAAGCUACGUUAUGAGGAAACAA